GCACUAUAUAGAUCUGAUUAGUCCCUCACAUUGCUUUUCAUCUAUCUGUGACCCAUUCAACAAAACCGACACAGAAAAAUCAAGAAGAUGCUGGGUCAACUCCGGCAUGAGACGGGGAUUCAGGCACCGGCCACCGUGGUAUGGCAGCUCUUCGGCAGCCUUGAACUUGGACGACUUGUUGAGAAACGCCUCUCGAAUCUUUUCGAGAAAAUUGAAGUAGUUGAAGGUGAUGGAGGAGAAGGAACUGUUCUUAAUCUCAUUUUCGCUCCAGGCUUAGGUAUGCCAAGUUACAAAGAGAAAUUUACCAAAAUAGAUAAUGAGAAUCGUAUAAAAGAGGCAGAGGUGGUGGAAGGAGGAUACUUGGAUAUUGGGUUUACUCUCUAUAGGGUUCGCUUCAAGAUAAUUGAGAAUGGUGAAGAUAGCUGCAUUGUUGAAUCAACAAUUGAAUAUGAAAUCAUGGAAGAAGCUGCUGCAAAUGCCUCACUUGUUACUAUACAACCUCUCAUUGACAUUGCUCAAGAGGCAAAUGCAUAUCUCCUUCAAAACAAGCAGCCUAAGGAUGCAUAAAUGACGAAAUCUAUGAUCAUCUUUUAUUGGUUUUUAUUCCUACCUACAAUGUUUCCGACAAUAAUGAUAUCAUAAAAGGUUAAGAGUACUUGAAUUAUACUCCAUCUAUUUGAGUUUAAUUUCUUCUGAUCAUUUAUUCAUGUUGAAUGUAAGAAGAUACAUUCAAAUAUAUAUACAUCUAGUUCAUGAAA